AUGAUCCCCAUUACGAUUUCUUUGGCACAUUUCUGUGACAAGCACGGACCUAUUUCUAUCUUGGUGACACAGUCCAACGAAGAUAAGGACGAAAAUUCAAAAGGUGAUACAUUGUUGGCACCAAACUAUCCGACAGAUUCUUUUUGUGCUUCUUGUCUUCUGGAGUUCCCAAAUGAUGGUGUGAAUGAUGUAAGAUCGAUGCGGUCCAUCAUAAAUAACAGAGCCUAUGUGACUACCCAGUAUUCCACUGUUAGAUAUCAGCUAUUGAAUUCUAUUAUUAAGAAGUGCUUUUCAGAGGAGACUAUGGUUUAUGACACUUCAUCGUUCGUAUUCUUCGAUUCUAUGAGAGGUUUAAAUUUAGUUAUGGGGUUCAAACUGUACGAUGAAAAUGCAAGAGGCAAUGAAAGGAGAUACUGCUUUAUUCUUUCUAUUGAUAGCAGCGAUAAUGAGAAAGCCAUGUCAAUAUUAUCGAAACAUUGGGAUUUCAUCAUUAGUGGGUUUCAUAAGAUGAUUGAUUUUAUUAAGCAAAGUCAUGAUAAGACUAUUUCCAGUAAUCAUAAAGAUGACACGAAUAGUAGCAGUUUCACGCCAAUUGUUGGAAAUUACUUGAGAUCAAACAAAUCAAAAUUUGGGAGAAGUCUAGCUGAUUUGACGAAUGAUAAGUCUCUAUUCAUACGAAUGCAUAAAUGGAACUCAUAUUUAUUAAGUUCACUGACUAGCCGUCGAGACUAG